AUGGCCAAUCCCUCACAACUAGGAUUUCAGGACGCAGCUUCACCUGUUAUAGAAGAACUUCUCCACUUCCACGACCACACCCUAAUGAUUGUAUUCUUAAUCAGCACUUUGGUCCUAUAUAUUAUUGUGGCUAUAGUCUCAACCAAGCUUACUAAUAAAUACAUCUUAGACUCCCAAGAAAUCGAAAUUAUCUGAACCAUUCUUCCAGCAAUCAUCCUAAUUUUAAUUGCUCUACCAUCCCUUCGAAUCCUGUACCUAAUAGACGAAGUGAAUAAUCCUCUUCUUACAAUCAAAGCUGUUGGUCACCAAUGAUACUGAAGCUACGAAUAUACAGACUAUGAAGACCUUGGCUUUGAUGCUUACAUAAUUCCAACACAAGACUUAGCCCCAGGUCAAUUCCGCCUUAUAGAAACAGACCAUCGAAUGGUAAUUCCUGCAGAAUCCCCCAUCCGCGUACUAGUGUCUGCUGACGAUGUCCUUCACUCAUGAGCAGUCCCAUCGCUUGGAAUCAAAAUAGACGCUGUCCCAGGACGUCUAAACCAAACAGCCUUCAUUGCAUCACGCCCUGGAAUUUUUUAUGGUCAAUGCUCAGAAAUCUGCGGAGCAAACCACAGCUUUAUGCCCAUUGUAGUUGAAGCAGUCCCUAUAACCUACUUCGAGGACUGAUCCUCCCGAAUGCUUGAAGACGCCU